CCCCUCCAUAGCUGCCGUGCAGGAGCUGGUCUCCUGUGAAGAUGACAUGAUAUCCUCCAAUUUCGAUUUCCCGACAGGUGAAACGAGUGUUUCCAGUUUGAAUCCAAUUGCUCAAUGCUAGUCGAUAGUGGAUGCCUUCAUAAAAACGAAAAGGACUCAUUUUUGCAUUUCCAAAAAAGUACUCAUUUUUCUCAUUUGGUUGAGAGAAGAAGUCAAGACCAUAUGUGUCAUUGU